UCCGGAGGGUCUCCCGGGCUCCGGGCCCUCCUCGGCUCUCGGCGGGACCGGCCGUGGCGCGGGAGCUCGCUGUGCGCUCCGGGCCGCGCUCGGUGGGUGCCCCGGCUCUGCACCUGAUGCAUUCGGGCUGCGUUUCCCAGCCUGGCGCGCCGGCAGCUCGCUCGCACAGCCCCUCGAACGCUCCCGCACGCGCUCGGAAUGCGCACCAUCUCGCCGGACCCACCGGAAGGCACAGACGCGCGGUGCGGCGAUUCACGCGCCCGCUCCCCGGGACGCUCGCACCGCGCCCCGGCCCGGCACCCUGCCCGUCGCUGCCGGGGUCACGGCCCCGGGUCGGAGAGGGAGGGCCGGCAGCUCCCUUCUCGCUUUUCCUUCCACAACUCGCUGUCGGGCUUUUGUGCGGCCCCUGCACCGCGGGGCGGGUCCGCCUCCUCGCGCUCUCGCCCAGGCGUCCAGCCUGCCCGACUCUCGUCUUUCGUCCGGGUCUCUUUCGCUUUCCCUCUUCCCUGACCCGGCUCCUCUUCUCUCUGCCGUCUGGCUCCCCGGGAAAAGUUGCUUCCCCAAGUUUGCUGAAGUCGCUUCCAAGUCUCCGUGGGGGUGGCUUGGACUGGGGGCGAGUGAGAGCAAGAUCGAUCCCCGGAGCUCGAGCGGCCCCCUCGGUUGGUCCAGGACACCCACCCAGCCCCGCCACGCAGAGCCAGGAAGGAAAGAGAGCCUCAUGCCUAAGCCGAGGGGAGCAUCAUGGAUCUGACAAAGAUGGGCAUGAUCCAGCUGCAGAACCCCAGCCACCCCACGGGGCUCCUGUGCAAGGCCAACCAGAUGCGGCUGGCCGGCACGCUGUGUGAUGUGGUCAUCAUGGUGGACAGCCAGGAGUUCCAUGCCCACCGGACUGUGCUGGCCUGCACCAGCAAGAUGUUCGAGAUCCUAUUCCACCGCAACAGCCAGCACUAUACCCUGGACUUCCUCUCGCCAAAGACCUUCCAGCAGAUUCUGGAGUACGCAUACACGGCCACACUGCAAGCCAAGGCGGAGGACCUGGAUGACCUGCUGUAUGCAGCCGAGAUCUUAGAGAUUGAGUACCUGGAGGAGCAGUGCCUGAAGAUCCUGGAGACCAUCCAGGCCUCGGAUGACAAUGACACGGAGGCCACCAUGGCAGAUGGCGCGGCCGAGGAGGAAGAGGACCGCAAAGCUCGGUACCUCAAGAACAUCUUCAUCUCGAAGCAUUCCAGCGAGGAGAGUGGGUAUGCCGGUGUGGCCGCACAGAGCCUCCCGGGACCCGUGGUGGACCAGAGCCCUUCCGUCUCCACCUCAUUCGGUCAUUCAGCCAUGAGUCCCACCAAGGCUGCGGUGGACAGUUUGAUGACCAUAGGACAGUCUCUCCUCCAGGGAACUCUUCAGCCUCCUGCGGGGCCUGAGGAGCCCACUCUGGCUGGAGGCGGGAGGCAUGCUGGGGUGGCUGAGGGGAAGACGGAGAUGAUGCAGGUGGACGAGGUGCCCGGCCAGGACAGCCCUGGGGCCACCGAGUCCAGUACGGCGGGCGCCGUGGGGGACAAAGUUGAGGAAAGGGGCAAAGAGGGGCCCGGGACCCCGACUCGGAGCAGUGUCAUCACCAGCGCUCGGGAGCUGCAUUAUGGGCGUGAGGAGAGCGCGGAGCCCCUGCUGCCUGCCGCCGAGGCUGGCCAGGGCCCCCCGGGCCGCCCCGAGCACCCCGCGCCCCCAGCUGAGAAACACCUGGGCGUCUAUUCCGUGUUGCCUAACCACAAGGCUGACGCCGUGUUGAGCAUGCCAUCCUCAGUGACUUCGGGCCUCCACGUGCAGCCUGCCCUGGCUGUGUCCAUGGACUUCAGCACCUACGGGGGGCUGCUGCCCCAGGGCUUCAUCCAGCGGGAGCUGUUCAACAAGCUGGGGGAGCUGGCUGUGGGCAUGAAGUCCGAGAGCCGGACCAUCGGGGAGCAGUGCAGCGUGUGUGGGGUGGAGCUUCCCGACAACGAGGCUGUGGAGCAGCAUAGGAAGCUGCACAGUGGCAUGAAGACGUACGGGUGUGAGCUCUGCGGGAAGCGGUUCCUGGAUAGUUUGCGCCUGAGAAUGCACUUACUGGCUCAUUCAGCGGGUGCCAAAGCCUUUGUCUGUGACCAGUGUGGAGCCCAAUUCUCGAAGGAGGAUGCCCUGGAGACACACAGGCAGACCCAUACUGGCACGGACAUGGCCGUCUUCUGUCUGCUGUGCGGGAAGCGAUUCCAGGCGCAGAGUGCGCUCCAGCAGCACAUGGAGGUCCACGCGGGCGUGCGCAGCUACAUCUGCAGCGAGUGCAACCGCACCUUCCCCAGCCACACCGCCCUCAAACGCCACCUGCGCUCACACACCGGCGACCACCCAUACGAGUGUGAGUUCUGUGGCAGCUGCUUCCGGGAUGAGAGCACACUCAAGAGCCACAAACGCAUCCACACGGGCGAGAAACCCUACGAGUGCAAUGGUUGUGGCAAGAAGUUCAGCCUCAAGCACCAGCUGGAGACGCACUACAGGGUGCACACGGGUGAGAAGCCCUUCGAGUGCAAGCUGUGUCACCAGCGCUCCCGGGACUACUCGGCCAUGAUCAAGCACCUGCGCACGCACAAUGGCGCCUCACCCUACCAGUGUACCAUCUGCACCGAGUACUGCCCCAGCCUCUCCUCCAUGCAGAAGCACAUGAAGGGCCACAAGCCCGAGGAGAUCCCGCCCGACUGGAGGAUAGAGAAGACUUACCUCUACCUGUGCUACGUGUGAGCGGGGCCGCGGCCGCGGCAGGGGAGCGGGCAGCCGGGACAGAGGCGCUCCAGCGGGCCGAAGUCGCCGCCGACGGACUGGGCGAGGAAAGAGAAAUGGGAAAAAAAGGAAAGAAAAAAAAGAGAUAAGACAAAGGAAACCUGAUAGCUGUCUGGCCUCGGAGUCUCUCUGGGGCUCCAGGUGACCUGACGCCCGGCCACGGCCCCUCCCCGGGCUGGGGGGGCCCUCUGUCCCUCCUCUCUGGCUGGAGGUUGGCCUCAUUUUCUUGGGUGGGGGUGCAGGUGGUUUGCUCAGCUCAGAUGGUGGUGUAUUUUUCUUUUCCCUCCAGCCAGACCCCCCCUUUUGCAUCCAAAAGUGGAGGCUGGGAAGGGGGCGAGGGGCCUCUGGUCAGAGCCACCCAGUCUGCCUGCCCCCUUCUUGCUGACUCCUCAGAGGAAGGGGGCUGGGGCAGGGAGGGGGCCUGCAGGUGGUGGGGCUGGGCCGGUCACGAGUCGAUGGUCACAUGGCAGCUCUGGUUUGCUGGGGCAGAUUGGGGUGGGAGGCGCUCUCCUUCCCUUCCUACCACUCAGUUUAUCUGUUGCUUUCCCCUGCACCGCCCCCCACCAUUCUGCCACAUCCCUCGUGGUGACCCCCUCAAGGUCUUCAGCAGCAGCUUCAUGGCUCUUGCCCUUCCCCCAGCUCCCUGCCUCCCCGUGACUCCUGUCCUCCCAGUGCAGGUGGGGGUGGUGAGCAUCUUCCUUCUCGCCCAGCCUCCCUAGCGGGGAAGCUGCGUGUGACUCCAGAGCCCCUACCCUGCCCUCAGCUUUCUGAGAACACAAAAUAAAUGGAGUACCCCACCCUCGUCCAGCCCUGUCAUGAGCGAGGUUCCUGCUGAGCUGCUUUUGCUUCCAAAAUGGGAAAACAUAACUCACUAUAUACUGUCCCACCAAACCAACGCCAAUCCCUACAACCCCUAUUUCAGUCCCUAGUAGAAGGAAUCCACGUAAGGACUCAUUGUCGGAGGGAAGGAUGGUGGAUGUCCUUGCGGGGGCGGGGGUGGGGGGUGUUGCUGAGUUGUGCUGGGGACCCCAGCCCUGGUGCAGAGAGCGGCACAGAAUUCCUGGCUCUCAGGGCACCCCCCACCCCCCAGUCCAUAGGGAGGAGGAAGGAGAGGAGGAGGAGUUGAAAGCGCUUUGGCCCUUGUGUUAUGUUUUGCUUCUUUUCUGUGUCCCCUGUUCCCCUGUUAGCACAUUGUACUUGAAUUACCUCAGUUUUUUGUGACCUCAUGAGCUUUUUUAACCCCUGUAUCUCUUUUUUGGUUGGGGGUUGGAGGAAUAGGAGGAAGGACGUUCUUUUCUGUUUCUUGUGUAAAUUAAGAGUUGGUUUAAUAGACUUCAGCUGGCCUGGGCCCUCCCCAUCCCAGCUGGAGGGAGCUGUACGGAAGGAGGCGAGUACUCAGGAUCUGAACGUGAGAGCCAGGGGUCAGCAGAAGGUGGGCGGAGGGGAGGGUGUGUCGGGGGCUCGCUGGAGUCACUGUUGGCUCUGCCCGGGGACCGAAGUCCUCUGCGCCCAGGAAGGGGUCAGCCUAAAACAUCCUGGAGAAGAUCCCACCUUUCUUACAAUUAGCUGGGUGAUUAGGGUCGAGGGGCCCAUAUUAUUCAGAUCCUGGCAACUGUGUGGCCCCAGCUCUGCGUGUGUGAUCAUGGUUGCCAAAAUUGGUCUCUCUUCAGGGCUGGAGUGGGGACGAGCCAGGCUUUGUUUUGUUGCGUGAGGGUGGGGGUGUUGUUUUUCUAAAAGCUACCUCUUAUGUUCUUCCAGUUCUUCUUUUGUUCCCUUCAUGCCUCCCAUUCUGCUGCUCUGCUCCCCCCCUUCUCCCCAAACUCCCCACCCUGAAUUUUGGAAAGCACAUUUGCAAUAUUUGCGUUCACUUUGGGAUGGGCCCUCUGUUUCAUCUCCCGCUUUAUUUGUCAGAGUUGUGUGUGUGUGUUUUCUUUCCUUUCUCUCUCUGAGAAAGUUGUGGCUGCCGUUUUUAUCUUAGGUUUUUAAAAGUGGUUUCGGGAAGCGGUUUUGGGGAGAAGGGUUGUGAGGGCUCUGGGGAAGUCGGAGGGAUGGGUGCUGCUGUGACUACCCCCCCACACCCCGUCCCUCGGUCCCAGCCCUCCUGCCCGCCCCUGCAGUCUCGCCCACCAAAUCGGAAGGCCUUAAAAAUUGUGUGUUGGGGGGGAUAUGAAUUUGGGGGGACUGUCACUAGACUGUUGAUGGGGGAUUAGGUAGGGAGGAUGUUAUUUUGCAAUUGUAAUAAUGACAGUGCUUUGGAAAGGAAAAAAAAGUUACACUUGAAAUAUGUGACUAGAGCUGUUGUCAUGUUGAUAAUGUGAAAAGGAGGACAUUUUCUGGGGGAGGGGGGCUGUCUGUAAGAAACCGUUAUGCACUAUGCUUCCUCCCCCAGUCUGGGAAGAAAGGGGACUGCUGGCCCUCAGGGGAUCUGUAAAUCCCAGAAAACCAAUAUUUUAACAGCAAGAUAACAUUCAACAUUGGUGGGGAAGGAAAAAAAAAAAAUCAAACUAUUCCAUAGAUCUAGCUGACACCUCUCACUCCCCGCCCCCACCGUUCCCACGCAGCCUGGGUCUCCUGCCCUAUUCAUAAAAGCUGAGAGGGUUGAGCUAAUAUUUACAAAUUGUAAUAUUUUUGUAAUGUUUGUUAGUUCCUUCGUCAGUUCUACAGGACCUUGCCCUUUCCUUUUGUAAUGUGAAUAGGAAAAAAAAAAAGACAAAAAAAAAAGUCCACCACCACCACCAAAAUAUCCCUUUGUCCGUGUGUUGCGCGCGUGCGUGUGUUUUUUGUGUGUGGUUGUGUGUUACAUCAUGCAGUAUUGUUGUAAUCUGGUGUUGCCGCAUUGGACGGUACUAAAUGAGCACCUGUCUGCCUCCCACCGUCCCCGAGGGACCCUAGCCGGGAAGUGAGGACAGAGAGGGUCAGGGUGGCGUCUGAGGGAUACCGGGUGGGAGACGCCUUGCGCUGGUUUUGCUCUCCCCCUUCCUCCCCCAUGGAGCCUCGACGCCCUGCAGAGAGUUCAGCAUGCCUCAUCAUUCGGACCUUGCCAAGGCCGCCUUAGCCAGGCCUACUGGCCAAGGUGAAGAUCAAAAAGUAUAUGGAAUCUUUAGAUGGGUCUGGAUAAGGGGGGCUGGGGAGACGAGGGACGGUGGAGGGCACUGUCUCCCCAGGUGAGAGCUGAGUGUUCCUACUCCCCUCUUCCUUCUGCCAUCUGGCCCCUUGGCCAGCCGCUGUCUUGAGCUGUGAACGGCUGACUCCCGAACUUGCUACGCCUUAUCCAGCAUAGCGAAGCUUCUCCAGCCCUGAAAGUCCAAGCUGGUUAACGGUCCCUUUCUAGCGUUCAGCUCCUACAGGCGUGUCCCUUAAUGCUUUUGGUGACAUUUACCCGUCAUGUGCUCUUUCCCUAUUCACUCCUUCAUUCAUUCAAAGCAUUAAAAUCCUAUUUGUAUAUAGGAUAGACAAAUAUAGAGAUAUAUAUAUAUAGCAAGAGAGAGAUAUAAAAUAGUAAAUAUCAUUGCUGCUUUGGGCUGCUUUGGAGGAGGCCACGGAUAGCGGGAAGGUAGGUCUGGGGUACAGGGGUGGGGAGGGAGGCUGGGGGCCCCAGUGAUUCAGUACAAUCCAGGGAUGCAAUGCGGGCUGGUUUAAUCUUUGUGCCUGAACAGUUUCUCCGUGUGUAGAAAACGAAACAAAACUGCUGCAAUUUUUCACAAGUGUAUAGUACCCUUCUGGAUGCUGUUGGUCCCACCGGCUGCAGGGGUGUUAAGGCCCUGGAGAGAGAGGGCCACUUGGCUUACCUCCUUGGCAGGGGAGUGAGCAGUGGUGGGGCGGCCUCCGUACUUUGUCCAUGAGGGCUGAGGGGCGGGGGGGGCAGGAGGGGAUGUGUGGAUGGUUCCCUGCAAAGAGCUGAACGAGAGUGAAAGAUGGGGGCACCAGAUGUUAGAAAAGCAGAAGAAGAUCCGACUCUGUUCAUUUUUCUGAGGCCUGUAUUCUGUCUUUUUCUACCCCAUCUGGUUUCCUCCUUCCCGGGAGCUUCGUGGCGGCACUUACCUGGAUAUUUCAGCAGGAGGCGAGAAAGCCAGAUUGACCCAGCUCAGGGAUGCUGAUGCGUGGAGGAAAAGGCAGAGCCGGGCCGGGAGAGGGGUGCAAGACAGACCAGGGAGGUUGGGUCAGGGGAGAAGGGCGGGGAGCGAGGGGUGCGGGGCCCCCCAGGCCUGCGAGCUGGCCGCCCUGCUUCCCUGGGUCCUCGGCGUCCCACUUUGCAGACAGGGUACCAGCCUCCUGGUGUGUGUCCUAGAAUUCGUUCACGUUAGUGUGUUAUGCAUGAUCUUUGUAAGGUUAAGAAGCCGUGGUGGUGCACCAUGACAUCCGACCCAUAUAUAUAAAGAUAAAUAUAUAUAUAUAUGUAUGUAAAUUAUAGCACUGAGGGCCCUGCUGCCCUGUUGGACCAAGCAAAACUAAGCCUUUUGGUUUGGGUAUUAUGUUUUGUUUUGUCAUUUGUUUGUUUUUGUGGCUUGUCUUACGUGGUGACAGCGCAAGUGUUAAUCCGAUCGCUCUGUAUUACGGAAUAGUGUUUUUAAUUAAUUGAUGUUCUAGUUCAUGUCUACCUCAGCACCUCCUCUUAGCCUAAUUUUAGGAGGCUGCCCAAUUUUGUUUCUUCAAUUUUACCGGUUACUUUUUUGUACAAAUCUCUCUCUCCCCGCCCCCAUGCCCCCCAUGCCCCGCCCCUGAGCGUCCCCACCCCUCCCCCCAGCCCCCCCCCCGCCCUGCCCCCCCCAGUCUCGCUUGCCAACCCUACCUGUUCUCGUCCCCUGAUGCUGUUCCCCCUGACGUUGUGCGGUCCUGGUCGCAGCUUUUCCGCAUCUGCCUUCGUUCCGUGUAGAUUGAUGCGUUUCUUUGUAACUUCAGUGUUUCUGACAAGAUUUAAAAAGGAAAAAAGAAAAAAAAAGAAAAAAUGAAUUUACUGCUGCAGGUUUUUUUCUCUCUCCAUGUGUCACUAAGUGAAGUUUGUGCCUUCUAUAGCAAAGAGAAUAUUUUUUACAUCCUACUAACAGUAGAUUUUUUUGUAGUGAACAUUUUUUGUAUUUUUAUUUAUAAGUCUCAUAAGAAAAAUAGCAAUGUUCAGUUGUAUACCUUGAAUCUGCAGUUAGAAGAGAAUAAAGUUAAUUCAGUUGUCUCUGGCUUGAAGUGUCCCCUUUUUUUAAAAAAAAAAAAACUGCUUUGUCUUUUCUGCCUUUUCUUGGGUGGUUAACACUAGAUGAACUGAGAUUUCUGGCUGGGGAUGGGGGAAAAGAAAGCUCUGGGGUAGUUAUGUGGCCCUUUCUGUCAUAUUUACGAGGCACAUACGUGCUCCACGACAUCUUGUCUCAUAUUUUCUUAGUUUAAAAAAUAGCAUUCAGUACACUAUGAUUUGGUCCUUGGAACAAUGUAUGAAGUCAGCACUGGUCCGUUUAUUUCUUCAACAUAGACGUUCGUGCGGCGGCUCGUACCAGUUCCUGCUGCGAGCCCUGGGAAUACAGCAGGGACAGGACAGACAGACCCCUGCCCUCAGGGAGCCACAGAAUCCUGCUCCCUGGCUCACUUGCGCUAGAACUUACUUGGGAUCACGGAUAGCAAAUCGGGUUUGCUUUUCCCGGGACUCCAGAGGCAGGGCCCUCUCCCUUACGGAGACAUCGUCAACUUCUUCCUGAAAUUUCUCAACAAGAAGCUGCCACCCAAUUUAAGGUCCCUGGGCCUGUGGCCGCCAGGUCCCGUGGAGAAAGGCAAUGGGAACAGGAGGGAACAGGUGGGAGGUGAGGAUGCAAACCCAACCUCACGGCUAGCAGAAUAAAACAUGCCUCCCCGCUCCUCUCCCGGUCCCUGGGCCAAGGCUGCUUCUCUGGGCCUUCCUUCCUCCCCCUGGGGAUGGCAGCGUUGCCCUGCUUGUCUAGAGCUGAAAAACCAACUCCACCUAAUUCUAGAUGCACUGGCCCAGCGCCUCUGCCCGAGGCUGUCCUACCUGUCCAGCCAGCUCCAGCUGAAACAAGCCAUCCCCUCACCUAGACUUAGGGACCCAGCUUCGAUUGCUGCUGCAGCCUCUGCGGGGUGUGAGACCAGCACCAAGCCUCAGGACGACCGGGUGACCUCCCCAGGUGGAGGAAGGGCCCAGGAGCACUCUGCCCCUUUCUUUCAUUUUUCCCCUCUGCUCAUCUCUCUCUAUUCCUCUAAUCUUGUCUUCUCUCAUUAUCUUUUUGGAGGUUCCUCCUGGCCUUUGUGUCUCUGUCCCACGUUCUUUUUCCUCUCCCCAUAUUGCUCCUCUUGGAAAACCAUCCUUUGCCAAAAAUAUAUUUGGUUUGCUUUUGAGUCUCUGCCCCUGUUCCUCCGCGGGCAUCCCUUUCUUCUCCGGGUCCCUUCUCUGAGGUUCCCCAGGCCUCCGGCCCCUCCCCCCCCGCCCCUCCCCCUCGGGCCUCCGCUUUCUCUUGACAGAUGGGAGGGCAGUGAGCACUCCCUCUUUAAAACAACAUUUAAUCGCCGUUUUCUGUUCUUGGACAUCAAAGCUGGGGCUUAGGGCGCUGCGCUGGGGUCGCUGUGGUGUGGGCUCUGGGGGAGAGGAGGUGAGUGAAUAGGGGCUGGGCUGAAUGGGCUUUGUGUGGCCGCUGGGGUCUGCCUGCUUUACAUGCUCUUUGACCCAGAUAUGAUCUCAUGGAGAGAAAGGGGCCCUGGCUGGGCCAGCCUGAGAACGUUCUGGGGCCGGACUCCGUCCCCACCCUCCCGCCCCUGCCCGCCCCGCUGCCCUCUGCCCCAGCCUGCAGGACGGGGCUGCCACGGGGGGGCGCUCUGCUGGGGUCAGAAGAGGGGCCAGGCCGCCAAGGGAGGGGCUCAGUCCCAUCCCAGUGUUUCUGAGGAGGUGAGCUGGGAGCCCCGAACACACACGGUGCCCCUUCCCGGCCGAGGCUGCUCGGGUUCAGGUGGGCACUUGGGUCACGUCCCCGCCUUAACAGCUGUCUCCCCAGCUGCACUGGAGGGCUGCCCUCCUGCCAACGGUGGGAGAGCAGAGGCCCAGAGCCAGCGGAGACUUGCUAGAGACUCAAGCAAGUUGUGGCGGGUGAGAAGAGGCAGAUGGCGAGCAAGGUCUGAGGCCAGGCCGUCUGUGUCCAGCUUAGCAUCGCCAGGCCUCCCCACCUGGCUGCCUGGGGAGCCCCUCUCUCCUCCCACCCGGAGGGGGAGGGGGCUGAGGAGGCCUGACCCCAGGUGUUCCGUCCUCCCUCUGUUCCAUCUUCCUCUUUGCCUUGCGGCAGCCAGACAAAUUUUCCAAAAAUGCAGAUAGCAUCAUGUCUCCCCUUUGAUGAAAGUGCCCGGUGGGGACUCUAGGAUGGAAUUCAAGCUCCUUCACAAGGCUCACAGCGCCUUCAGGGAUCGAUCCCCUGUCCUCACCACCCCAGCCCUGUCUCGGGAUCACUCCCACGGUCUGCCCCCUGCUCUGGGCUCCAGACAACCGGGCCACGGGUGGUUCCUAGAAGACACUGAGCUCCGCCCCCCACUGGGCCUUUGCACACGCUGUGUCCUCUUCCAGGAACUGUACCCAUACACGCAUGCGCUGCCCUUCAGUCUGGCUGUCUCACCGUCUCAUCUCCAGGGCUCGCGGGAACCUCACCUCUUGCAGGAAACCGUCCCCAGCCACUGAUGCCGGAUUGGGUGCCGCCCUGUGCACAGCCUCCACGGGACGGUUUGGGCCCUGUGAUCACCGGCUUGCUUCAGUCUCACCGUCAGCCCCACGUUAAGUUCCUUGCAGGCAGGAAUUGUGUUGUGUAUCUUCGUAUUUGCAGAGCCUACCACUGGCUGGCACCCGCGAAGCACCCAAUACAUCUUUGUGGAAUAAACAGAUGAGAGACAGGGAGAAGGAAGGGGAGAGGCGGUUAGCAUCUGGGGCUGAGGUUGCAGUUGCCAGGACCCGGGGAAAUCGGAGAAGUAGGUGCACAGCACGUGUGUGCCCCCCGGCACAGGGGCUCCGGCUUCCUCUCGCAGGUGCCCGUAUCCGUUCAUGGAGACACUGAACUGUGAUUCCCAUGUGCAAAGAGAGGCGCAGCCAGCCCAGGACAGUGGCACCUUGCAGGCAGAGACCUCCCUGAGCAUCGCUGGGGUGUGUGUGUGCAUGCACGGAGACACCUGCUCCCCGGCCAAGACGGGGGACCGACCAUCCCCCAGCUCCUUCUGCGGUGCUGGGUCCAACCCCACUAUCCACACUCCUAGCCCCUGCCCCCUGGGGGCUGGCAGGAGGGCGGGCUCCUCUCUGGGCUGUGUUUUCUGCUCUCCAGGGGGUGCCUCAGUGAAAGUGAACUCACUUAUUUAAACCUGACUCUGCAGGCCUGCCGCCCCCUGCAGCGCUAAUUACCCUGUAGUUCUAAACUGAUUGCUGUACACUAAGCUUAAGCCCUCCUUUAUUUAUUUACUGACUACAUUAAUAGCAAAGCCGCUGCUUUCUGCCCCUCCCCACUGUACACCGGCUGGCUGCACCCCGUUCCUCUGUGUCCCCCCCAGGAGAUGGGGUGCAGAGAUGCAGUCUGGCACGGAGCCCCCAAAUCUGCCACGCUCAUGGAGUCCCGGGGUCAGACAACGGGGAGAACAAUGGCCUUUGUCCGUAAAUAGUCCCAGGCCCAAGGGAGGGGGCUCCGUCUCUGGUUCUGACUCUUCCAUAGAGAUGGGAGCGCACAACACAGCCCAGCUCACCCCCGCCCCCCAAGAGGGAUCUGUUUAUAGGACACUCGGGAGCUUCCCUUGGGCUUUCACACCUCCCAUGAGGUGCUGAGCACUGGCUGCAUUUAGUAGAUGGGUAAACUGAGGCUGUGGCUCUACAGCAGUCGGUGGCGAAGGUAGGGCUGGAAGCCAAGACUUCUCACUCCAUCAGCCUUGCCCUUACCCCUCCAGCAAGCUGCCUUUCCCGAUGUCCUCCCCCUCUUGGCCCCAGGCACCCCGGUCUGACACGUUCCCUUUGCUUGUGGGUCCUCACAGCUUCCACUCCUUGCCAUGAGGAAAGAAGCCUGUGGAAUCCACACCUCUCUCUCCCAGGUUUUUCUGCCUCAUUCACACGCUUGCCCAGAAUUUGCAGGAACAUGGGCCCUAGAGCCUUUCCCAGGACAGACCUGAGCCACACCCCCAGCACCUUCCACGACUCCCACUGGGCAAGUCUGGGGAGUACCGGCCAGCUGCGGGCUUCCACGGGGGAGCGUCUACCUGUCCUCCCAUUCCGGGGCCAGCAGUGCCCAUCGCCAAGCUGGAUCGCGCUGCCUGCUUCUCUCAGUGCCCUCAGGUUCCAUGAGGCAGAUCGGGGCCCUGGCCUUGGGGCAUGGCAGCAUUCUGAAGACCAGAUGGGCACCAUCAGGGUGCAGCAUAUGGACCCAUGGAAUCAAGCACCCAGGCUUGACUUUGAUUUGAAAUAGCAGGGGGUGCUGUGCUGGACCCCCUCUAAGGAAGAGGUGCAGUGGGGCUCUGGCAGAAAGAACAUGGGGUUCAGAGUCAAGAGGACCUGGGUCUGAGGCCAGAUCGCCAUUCACUGUUUGACCUUGGCUGCAAUUCAGAACUGCUCCAAGGUCCAUUUUGUCAACUGUAAAAUGGGGUACAGUAAGGUCUGCUCCUUCUACCCUCAGGACAGUCAUCAGCUGGAAGAAGGCGUAUGAAUCAGAUUUCUAAAAACCCUGGUGCUAUAAAAAUGAAAAUUAUAAAUGGGGGGACAUGUUCAGGGCUGGUACGGGAGAGGAGCUGAUGGCCCAGACAUUGAUUUCCAGGGAAGGAGCACCCCAUAGCCAGGACUCAGGAGGUGGGGGGGCGGGUACUGCUGCUGGAGUGUCCGCCUCCUCUGUGGGCAUUGCUGGGACUCUGUCGCCACCCAGUGGGCACUGGCUGAAAGCGCGUCUUGCUUGGGCGGGUCAGCAAAGGGACUGGGAAGGGGUGUCCCGCUGUAAGCGGCUUUGGCUCCUUUGGGUCCCCUGCUAUACCGGGUUGGGCUGGAUAGAGGGAGGAUGUGGUCCAGACUCACAUCAGAGAAAGAACAGUAACUACUUGGGAGGAAGUUCAAAUGGACUUUCCAGAAGGUCUCCUGAGUCAGUAUUUCGAUCCUGACCCUUUUUCUCCUACUUUUGCCCCCACUGACCAAUUGGUCAUACCCAAUGAAACUCCUUCCAUUCCAAGAGGCUGGAUUGGAAGAUGUUGUCAGCCAGUCCAAACCCCAGGCAUCCAUGGGCCCUCAUCUUAACUGAGGGAAGGUCAGCCUCGGUUGGAAUCCAGCUCCUCAAAAGCUUUGCUACUGGGAGAAGCAGGUAGGCCCAGGAAGGGUUGCACGGUUUGCUGAGUGCCCAGAUCUGGCUCACUGAGGGCCUGAGAGGUGACAGCAGAAGGCUGCCUAUUGGCACCUCCAGCCAUCUCAAAUGAAUGCAACUAAAUGGUUUGGAAGACCCCUCCCAACACUGGACUUCCGACUCUGUGACUCUCACCGCGUCUAAAGAUCCUCAGCGCAAAGGAUACAUCGGGCCUCAUAUCACCUGUUAGCACCUCUUUGAAAAGCAGCAUUUCACUCUUGAGUUUCUCUCUCUGCCUAGCUGGUGUGGUCUUUAGCUUAAGUGAGCUUCUAGUGACACUGGGUGGUGGCAAAGGGGAAAUGCAUGUAUGAUGGAUAGUCUGAUGAAGGUAAGGAUUUUCCCUAAUAAAUCCCUAUCUGGGAAAGAGGGAGUCACAGAAUGGCAGGAGUGGGUAGGGAGUGUGUGUGUGUAUGGCGGGUGGGGGCUGGACCUCACCAGUUUGACAUGAUUAAUAUUCACCUUUUCUCAGAAAUCUCUUGCCAAUUAGCAUUCCUCCUUAACACCCUAUCCCAAGCAGUUGUACUUGACCUUUCCCUUAAUUCCCCACAGCACAGCUGAGAUCAGGCUGGUAUAUUUAAAUUAGAUUUCUCGGAAGUCUCAAGGACAACAAAAGAAAAUAAGCACCAAGAACAACAUAACAUUAGCCCAGCUCUCUGCUUGCUUGCCUUCGGGAGACAGGGGCCAUCUUUAAUCCCCGCUACCCAACCCCCCAGAAGCCCAACUAAGACGGACCCAAAGUGACUGAGUGACAAGUCCUCCUAUCAAAGGUCAACUCUUCCCCUUGGGCUCUGACUGUCCUCCUCUCCAUCCUUCCAAGCCUGUUCCUUCUUUCCCCUUUUCUCUGCUGCAUCCAUUUCCCCCUCUCAACCAGAUCAUUCCCAUCAGCUUACACACAUCUCCCAGUUUAACCAGCCUUCCCCUGAUUCCACCGUCCCCUUUGGUUGCCAUCCAAACCCACCUCCUUCAAACGGCAAAAAUCUAGAGAGAGCUGUGAUUAGACACUCUCUUCUUCGUUUUGCUUACAGUUUUUGAUCUGAGUUUUGUCUCUGUUACUCCAUUGAAAUUGUCUUGUCAAGCUCCUCAGUGGCUCCAUCUUCCAAAAUACAAUGGCUCCUUGGCGGUCUUCCUCCUACUUGAUCUCUCAGUAGUGUUCUACAUCACUGACUCCUUUUGGAAACACUUACUCUCCUGGUUUCUCCCCUACCCCACCGGCUGGUGCUUGUCAGUCUCUUUGGCUUGCUCCUUCCUCUUCCUCUGCUAGAACUCUGGAUAUUCUAUUCGGCUAUCUCCCAAGGCUUCCGUGAGCCUCUUACCUUGUCUGUCUACUUCUGCCCCUUUCAAUCACAUGGCCACACCCAGCUGCAAGGGAGACAGGAAGAUGUAGUCCAGCUCUAUUCAGAGGAUGGAGAGAUUGGUUUUUGGCGAAGAGCUAGCGCGUUCUGCCACAGUCUGCCCUUCUAGUCACCAUAUAUCUGUGUAGACUCUUCUUCCCACUCAGAGAACAUACUCACCCCCAAAGAGGAAUGACCGAAAAUCCCAUCCCGUCGUUUGCAUCUACUCUGAAAUUCGGGAUCUCUGGGUGCUGUGCACUCCUUGCCAUCAGCUCUGUGAACCAAAAGCUGGCUAUCUGUAUAUAGGUUUAUGGCCAAAAUCAAUGACAGUAGUCCAUCCUAUGAAAUGUCAGAACGGGGGCGCCUGGGUGGCUCAGUUGGUUGAGCGACUGCCUUCGGCUCAGGUCAUGAUCCUGGAGUCCCGGGAUCGAGUCCCACAUCAGGCUCCCUGCUCGGCAGGGAGUCUGCUUCUCCCUCUCCCGCUCCCCCGUCUUGUGCUCUCUCUCUCUCAUUCUGUCUCAAAUAAAUAAAUAAAAUCUUUAUUUAUUUUUUAUUAUUUUUUAUUCUUAUGUUAAUCCCCAUACAUUACAUCAUUAGUUUUAGAUGAAGUGUUCCAUGAUUCAUUGUUUGUGCAUAACACCCAGUGCUCCAUACAGAAUGUGCCCUCAAUAAAUAAAAUCUUAAAAAAAAAAAAAUUAAAGAAAGAAAUGUCAGAACGGUUUGUGAGCUGUUUUCUGCGCUCAUCAGUUUUCUCUCCUUCCUCGAUAUAUAUGAAGACCCUAUUUUCCUUGCAGUUUGGGGUGGCCAGGUGACUGAGGUCCCCCAACCACGUGUGAACGGGGGUCCUUGGCACUGCUGUUGGAUGGAGGCUUUUAAGGGGCAGGACACCCCUGCAUUAGAUCCCCAAGGCUGUCAUGAGAAAUCACCAGAACUUGGUGGCUUAAACCAACAGAAAUUUAUCCUCUCACAGUUGGGGAAGCCAGAAACCCGAAACCGAGGUGUUGGUAGGGCCUCAUUCUCUCUGGAGACUCUGAGGGAGAAUUUUUUCUUGUCUCUUCCAGCUCCUGGUGGCUCCUGUGUUCCCUGGAUUGUGACGGCCCCUCUGCCUCUGUCUCCACAUGGCCUUCUUUCCCGGGGAGCUCAGUGUGUUGUUGCCUGUCUCUUUUAAGGACAUGCUCAGUGGAUUUAGGGCCCACCCUUACCCAGUAUGAUCUCAUCUCAAUCCUCACCUUCAUCACACCUGCAAAGACCCCAUUUCCAAGUAAGGUCAUAUUCUGAGGUCAGCGUGGGCGAGAAUUUUGGGGAAACACUGUCCAAUCCACCUCGACCCCCUUUAUAACAAAAGCCCCAUUGGGCAGUAGGAAGAACAGAGUGCACGCAAGUCCCUGGUCCAGAGAAGUGGUGGAGUCCUGGUACACCAGUAUCUGUGAAGAUCCCCUGCCCUGGCAAUGGAGAACGUUCUUUAAUUAGACCUUGGAUCUCCUAUCUUGGAAAAACGCCCUAGUCCACUGUUCUCUGAAGCCUUUGGGGAAUCAUUUCUUGACUCUUGUCUGCCCUGGCCACAUCUGAAGUGGGUCUCGGACCUGGGCCUCCCUUAGGACCGCACAAUUUCACCACUAGCCCAAUUCCCACUUGUACAAAUUUGGGGGACUGAGUAUGGUUUUAAGCUCCCACAGUCCAAGGCUCGUUAGGCUGGGUUCAUGGAUUUUUGCCAAUUCAGUUUCUUUAAAAAUAGCCUUCUGACCUAUGCUUCCAAUCCAUUCUUCAUGCUAGUAACCACGCCUAAAGUUCUUUCUUAGACAUAGUUGUCAAACAUGCUUUUAUUGUUACUAUUCUUCUUAUUGAUUUUCCUCUCCCUCAAAUCCGAGCUUCCUUGUCAGCUUCCCGCUGGCUACCUUGGGGCCGCCUGAGAGAGUCAGCUUGGGUGGGAAAGGCAACACUCUUAAUUUGAUGUUUGCCACAGAACCAAAUCCCUUUGUAAGAGGACUUUAAAUAAUGAGCCUUCAUUGCCCAAAGACUUGUCCAGUGUUAUUUCCUGUAAUUUAGGGCACAGAAGCAGUCCGCUCACCUAUAUCCAAGAAAACACACACUUCUUGAUCUUACCCUCACCCCCAAUUUUCUUUCAUUUCUUCUUGGAAACUUGUCAUUUUUUCCCCUGAAUUCAUCCCUCGAUAAUAAUAUCUUGCUACAAACCUGGACAUCAACCAUCAUAUGCCAACAUUCUGCUUCUUUCCUCACGGUUUCUUAGAGCUUCAGGCUCAGGAUCCACUUGGUCUACCUUCCGGGUGAUUGCAGGCAAGAAUUUCCCUAAAUGUAUCAUUCCUCCCCUGCAGGGGGCCUCGUCUUUUCUAGCCAAGCUCUCCUUGCUCCUAAAUAAUCUGGCCACGUCUACCUCUCUGAUCCGUCUACCUCACUGCCUCCCAUCUGCUCCCAGACACAGGACUUUGCAGGUGCUGUUCCUUCUGCCGAGAGCCCUCUGUUCCCUCAAUCUUUGCCUGGAUGCCUCCUUCUUUUUUUUUUUUUUUUUUUUUUUAAGAUUUUAUUUAUUUAUUUGACAGAGAGAGACACAGCGAGAGAGGAAACACAAGCAGGGGGAGUGGGAGAGGGAGAAGCAGGCUUCCUGCUGAGCAGGGAGCCUGAUGCGGGGCUCGAUCCCAGGACCCUGGGAUCAUGACCUGAGCCGAAGGCAGAUGCUUAACGACUGAGCCACCCAGGCACUCCUGGAUUCCUCCUUCUUGAGUAACUCAGGUUUCAACUCAAAUAUUGCCUCCUAGUGGGAUCUACCCUGACCAUUCCAUCUAAAGGUGGUUUAUUCGGGGCAUCUGUGUGGCUCAGUUGGUUAAGCGUCCAACUCAUGAUUUCUGCUCAGGUGAUGAUCGCAGGGUCAUGAGAUCAAACCUGCACUGGGCUCCACACCCAGUGAGGAGUCUGCUUGAGAUUCUCUCUCUCCCUCAGCUCCUUUCCCUGCUGCCAUGUGCAUUUGUGCGUGCCCUCUCUCUGUAAAAUAAAUAAAUCUUUUAAAAUAAAAUAAAAGUUGAGUAAAAGUUGUUUUUUCAUUGCAUUUAGCACCAUCUGACAUUCUCUUCUUUAUCUGUUUACUUGUCAUGGUCCAUGUCUGGUUUCCUCUCCAAACACACAAUUUUAGUUCCUUGUUGAAAUAUUUUUUUACUGAACAGUUUCCAAGAUACACAAAAGUAGGAUAAUAUGAUGGACCCCUCCUAAAACCUGUCACCUGGAUUCAACAUUCUCAAGAUUUUACCAUGCUCGCUUCAUCUACCCUUCUUGCUUUCCUUCCUUCUUUUUCUUUCAUUUUUCUUUUCUUUGUUUCCGCUGAAGUCUUUUAAAGAAAAUCCGAGGCAUAAUGUCACUCCCUCCCAAUGCCCGCUACAUACUGGUAUUUCUUCAGUGGCAUUCACACACCUUCAAAGAUUAGCAAUAGUUGCUCAGUAUCAUCACUUAGUCCAUGUUCAGAUUUUCCUGAUUGCCUCAAAACUAACUUUGUAGAUUUGCUCUCUUUGGAUCAGGAGCCAAACUAGGACCGUGAGCUGCAUCCCUCAGAUCUCCUCCCAACCAUGCUGUUGACUUGUUGAGAAAAGGGCUGAUUACAGCUGACCCUCCAACAACAUGGGUUUGAACUGCGCAGGUCCACUUACAGUGAUUUUUUUUCCCAUAACUACAGUCCAGCACUGUAAAUGUAUUUUCUCCUCCUAAUGAUUUUCUUUUCUCUAGCUGACUUUAUUGUGAGAACACAGUAUAUUAUGCACAUAACAUAUAAAAUAUGUGUUAAUUGACAGUUCAUGUUAUCGGUGAGGAUUCCGGUCAACAGUAGGCUAUCAGGAGUUAAGUUUUAGGGGAGUCAAAAGUUCUGUGCAGAUUUUCAACUGCGCAGGGGCAGUACCCCCAACCCCCACGUUGUCAAGGGUCAACUAACUGUAUUAUUAACUAUUGAGUUGUAAGAUGAUGAGGGCCCAAAAUGGAGCUGGGUAGUGGGAGUGCAAAAGACAAAACGGUCUGAGGAGAUGUUGUGGAGGAGUCUUCUGGUUGACCCUGCCUUCUGUCUGUCCAAUGCGGUGGUGAUACCACCACACUCUCUGACGCAUCAGGAGUUACAAGACCACCAGUGUCCUUGCUCCCUCUUACAGGGUCUCUGGUGUGACAGCUGACAGAAACCCUCAGAUGAGCUAAUUGUAUCUCUUACUUUAGUAGUUUGCUCAGCUUCUCCCAGCUGGGCAGAACAUUUGUACAACCCUCCCACUUCUUCACAAAAUUCCCUCUUUAUCUUGCUUCCUCUGAAGCUUGUUAGGAGAGAGUCCCCAUACACGAUGCUUCCUGUGGUUUCCGGACCACCUGUGCACCAAAACCCAUGGGGUUUGUUCUGUUUCUUUCUUUCUUACUUUCUUUUCUUUCUUUCUUUUCUUUUCCUUCCUUCCUUCCUCCCUCCCCCAUAGGCUCCACACCCAAGGUGGGGCUUGAACUCACGACCCUGACAUCAAGAGUCAAAUGUUCUAUCGACUGAGCCAGCCAGGCAUUCCUGUUCUGCUUCUGUGAAAACUACAGUCAAAGCAGCUCGUUCCCUACCCCAGACCUUCCGAAUCAGAACUCGUGGGCAUGUUCCCUGGAAUCUGUCGUUUCAACCACUUUCCAGAUGACUAUGAAAAAGCGGAUUCACAGACUUGUAUCAAAAACCUCGCAGAAUACACCAAUGGUAUGAGUCAUAAGAUAAAGUGUGUAAAGGAUUUCUGCUAGCAGAAUUACGACUCCUUUGGAGCCAGUCAUCCCCACCUUUUUUGCUUGUGCAUAUGCUUUUCAUUACAGUUUGUUCACGUACCCCAAUAUUUGUUUAUGCUUUAUAUACACAUACUACUGUACUACCAUAUUAGGUAUAAAACAUACUAAAAUAUAGCAGUUUUAAAGAUUUAACAAGUACAUAAAAAUAGAAGUUCUAAUAUUCACUUCUUGCAGCCUGGAGGUUUUUCUUGGACUCCCAUCUGUGGAUGACUGCUCUGGGAUAUUCUCAGCCAAUUGUCCUUUGCCUGAGGCUGCCCCAGGAAGUCCAGUAUGAAGAGCUUCCAGAUAUCAUGAAAAACUCCUUAAUCCUGGAUAAUUCUUUAUCAUAACCUCAAAUCCUGCUUGGAGAGAGGUUUGUCUGGUUCACCUGGCCUGAAUUUUUUCUCUACAAUGUGACCAGGGGAACUUUCCCAUAUUAGUUGCUGAGCGAGAAAACAGACACAUCUGUCAGCAGUCCAGGUGGGGUUGGGCCCCAGCCCCUAUUCUUCCUGUGGCCCUCGUGGAUCUCUGGAGCUCAGGGCAUAAAAAUUCCUAAUGAAUGUAUUUAAGGCUGCAGAGAGAGAAAAGGCAAUUAGGGCCCAGAGGAAGCAGAAGACAAACUGAGGUAAGGAGCCUAGAACUUGCCAUUUCUAGGGCUCUUGGUUCCUUCCCAUAGAUCUGAGUUUCCAUCAGGUAUCAUUUUCCUUUAGCCUGAAAAGCUUCCUUUAGUAUUUCUCAGUGCGGGUUUGUUGGUACAAAUUCUCUCAGCUUCCACUGAUCUGAAAAUGUCUUUACUUCACCCUCAUUUUUUGAAGAGUAUCUUUGCUGGAUAUGGAAUUCUGGGUUGACAGUUAUUUUGUUUGUUUGUCUAGAGAUUUAAGAAUGUCAUUCCUUCUCUCUGACCUCCACUGUUUCUGAUGAGAACUCAGCCAUUAUUUGUGGCAUUGUUUCCCUUGACAGAAUAUGUCAUUUUUCUCUGGAUGAUUUCACAAUUUUCAGAAGUUGAACUAUAUGAUGUGCCUAGUUGUGACUUUCUUUACUUGGGAGCUUCCCAAGCUUUUUGGAUCUGUAGGUUGGUAUGUUUUACCAAAUUUGGGCAAGUUGUAACUAAUUUUUCUUCAUAUAUCUUUUUCUACUGCAUUUUCUCCCUCCUUUUCUUCAGGGAUUCUAAUUAGCUAUACGCUAUACAGCUUUAUAUUUUCCCACAAGUUUCUGAGGCUCUAUUCAUUUAAUUUCGAUCUUUGUUCUCUUUCUUCUUCAGACUGAAUCAUUUUUAUGGCUCUGUCUUCAAGUUUGUGGGCUCUGACUUCUGCCAUCUCCAAUCUGCUUUUAAAGCCACCAGUGAAUUCCUCACUUCAGACAUUGUAUUUUCAGUCUAGAAUUUCUUUACAAAAGUUCCGUUUCUCCGUCGAGAUUCUGCAUUUGUUGUUCAUUAAGACUAUAUUUUUUUCUUUAAUUCCUUGAACACAUUCAUUAUAACUACCUUAAAGUCCUGGUCUGUUAAUUUCAUCAUGUAGAUCAUCUCAGAGUCUGUUUCCAUGGAUACUUUUUUUUUUUUUUACAGGUAACAUUUUUCCUAGUUAUUGGAAUACCUUGGAAGUUUUUAUUGUAAGUUAGAUAUUGUGGGUGAUCUAUUGGAAAGAGCCUGGAUUAUGUUGUUUGCCUUUAAAGAGUGUUGUGUUUUGUUUUGGCAGGCAAUUAAUUUAUUGGAAGAUUUCCUUGCCCCUGUCAAGCCUUCGUUUAAGGUUUUGUUAGGGUGAAUCUAAAGUAGCCUUUAUUCUAGAACAUAUUCCCAAAGCAUAAAUUUUCUGGUACAGCAGCUGAAUGCUGUAACAAGAGGAUCUCUCCACUCUGGCGGGAACCACUAUGUGACCGCUAGUUUUCCCAUUCUUUGCUUAACUCCUUAGCAGCCAAUCUCUUACGAAGUCUCAACCUGUACCUACUCAGCCCAGUUCUCGACAGAAACUGACAGCGAGCCCCUAGUAUGGCUUAAAUUGUGUUCCCCCCAAAAGAUACAUUGAGGUUCAAUCCCCCAAUAUUUCUGACCAUGACCUUUAUUUGGAAAUAGGGUUUUUAAAGAGGUCAUUAAAUUAAAAUGAGGUCAUUGUCGUGGGUCGUAAUCCAGUAUAACCAGUGUCCUUCUAAAAAGGGGAAACUGGACACAGAGAAAGCCAUGUGAAGAUGAAGGGAAAGAUCAAGGUGAUACAUCUAGAAGCCAAGGAAUGUCAAAGACUAACGCAAUCACCAGACACCAGGGAAGAAGUGUGGAACAGCUCCUCACCCACCCACAUUCUGACAACUUGAUCUCAGACUUUGAGCCUCCAGAACUGGGAGACAAUACGUUUCUGUUGUUUGAGGCCCCCCCCCCGUUUUUGGCACUUUGUAUGAUAGCCCUAGUAAAUGAAUGCACACCCACAGAGACUUUGUGGGGGUCCCCAUGUGACCCCCUCCUCCCUGGCACCGUCCCUCCAAGUUCCAUCUGGUCUACAGCUCCGAACCCUGAUCUUUUUCUUCUCAGCUCAGCAGGACGGCUGGACCCUUCUUGGGUUCCACCUUUUUGUGCUGUAGUCCAGAAAGUGUCCCCAGGCGGAGAGCUGGAGGAGGCUGGGCUCACUUGAUGUGAUUGCAGUUGUGCGCUCUCUCUUGUCCAAUGACGGAAGACAGCAGGGUCACACAUUUGGUCCAGUUCGGUAGUUUUUACGGUGAAAGGCAAUACUAGUAUUUGUUACUCUGCCAUGGUCAGAAGUGAAAUUUCUGUUCUAAAUUCUUUGAGUUAUUUAUUUUGAAUAAAUUAUUUGAACUCAUUUAUUUCUCUUGACACCUCUAUGAGGUAGAUAGAUUGUUAACCUCAUGAGUUCCAGAUUAAAAAAAAAAAGAUUAACUAUAACUGGUCCAAGGAUACAUCUUAUAAAUGAUAGAGGUAGACUUUGAAUCUAGGCAGUUUAACCGUAGAGUCCAUGCUCUUCAGUAUUAACCAACGAUCUUAACGUAACAGGUUUCAACGAAUGUACUUUGAAUGAAGGAAUAGAUGGCUGUCUCUUCUACUUCAUUGCCCAUUUACCUGAUAGUCCACCUGCCCGUGAAAAUCCCAACAUCACAUCGACCUAGUGUGUUCACUUCUUUUCCACCCAGACUUUUAAGCACUCUGGAGAAAAUCACACUGAACUUCUACCAAGACUGAACUCCUACCAAGUUAUCUGGACCUUUGAAAAUAGCUAAUAGUUCUGUCUUUCCCUCAUCUUUGCCUUCCAUUGGCUGUUGGUUCUGCCUUAAAUCUCAAACACCUGUACCUCCCUCCUCAUUUUCAGGAAAAACACAAUUUCUAGCUGUGAACUCUCAGAUUCCCACUCAUUUCUCUAAAUUUGACUUGCGUUGGCACGUAUCCUUGCCUUUUGCUCUACUGUGAAAAUAUUUAGUGUUUCUCUCUCUUGUCUAAGGCAUAUCCACGUGUGGCUACGGCUUGAUGCCUUUCUCCCCCUUUGAGCCAAGUGUUUGGAAGUCUUGUUUUUCUUCCCUGCAUCCUCAUCACCCUCUCCUCUCCAGCUCAUUCCCUCAACUCCAAUCUGGCGUCUGUACUCAUCCCCUAUUCAUUAAUUAAUGUUGGCUUUCCUUUGAUUAAUUUUAUCCUUAUGCUUUCUUUAAAUGUAUUUGUUAUCAUUUUAACUUCUUGAUCUGGAUCCCUAAUUUAUUAUUUUUUACUGUUCAUUAAUAUCAG